AGAAGUGUGUGGGAGAAGCAGAGGAGGCCAAAGCGCAUGCCUUGCCCCGUUCUCAGGUCCGCAGCAUCCUGCGUCCGCAGCAGCAUCCUCCCAGGCCCUCCCCCUCCCCCGUGUGCGGAUGGUACGCUCCGGUAAGCCUGGCCGGGUUGCAGUGGAUGUUGCUAGAAUCCACGCGGAGGAAAGAAGAGACGCAGGCAGGCUGCGGUGACCCAAGCGGCCACCCCCGCUUCAGGGACCCCUUCCUCGAGAGACGACAUCAUGACCCAGGGAAAGCUCUCUGUGGCUAACAAGGCCCCCGGGACUGAGGGACAGCAGCAGGCAAAUGGAGAGAAGAAGGAUGCUCCUGCAGUGCCCUCGGCGCCACCCUCCUACGAGGAGGCCACCUCUGGAGAGGGACUGAAGGCAGGGGCCUUCCCCCAAGGCCCCACGGCUGUACCACUCCAUCCAAGCUGGGCCUAUGUGGACCCCAGCAGCAGCUCCGGCUAUGAAGGUGGUUUCCCCGCAGGACACCAUGAACUUUUCACCACCUUCAGCUGGGAUGACCAGAAAGUUCGCCGGCUCUUCAUCAGAAAGGUCUAUACGAUCUUGUUGGUCCAGCUGCUGGUGACCUUGGCUGUGGUGGCUCUCUUUACCUUCUGUGACGUCGUUAAGGACUAUGUCCAGGCCAACCCAGGCUGGUACUGGGCAUCCUAUGCUGUAUUCUUUGCCACUUACCUGACUCUGGCUUGCUGUUCUGGACCCAGGAGACACUUCCCAUGGAACCUGAUUCUGCUGACCAUCUUUACCCUGUCCAUGGCCUACCUCACUGGGAUGUUAUCCAGUUACUACAACACCACGUCUGUGCUGCUCUGCCUGGGCAUCACCGCUCUCGUCUGCCUCUCAGUCACCAUCUUCAGUUUCCAGACCAAGUUUGACUUCACGUCCUGUCAGGGUGUGCUGUUUGUACUGCUUAUGACUCUCUUCUUCAGUGGACUGCUCCUCGCCAUCCUGCUGCCCUUCCAAUACGUCCCCUGGCUCCACGCUGUCUAUGCUGUGCUAGGAGCGGGUGUGUUCACGUUGUUCCUGGCAUUUGAUACCCAGUUGCUGAUGGGUAACCGGCGACACUCGCUGAGCCCCGAGGAGUAUAUUUUUGGAGCCCUCAACAUCUACCUAGACAUUAUCUAUAUCUUCACCUUCUUCCUGCAGCUUUUUGGCACCAACCGGGAAUGAGGAGCCCUCCCCACCCCUACCCUCCUCCAGAGAAUGUCCCUUCCCUGUCCUGUGACCCUCUCCGUGCUCCUGCAAGACCAGACAUAAACUUGCUGCAGCCAGCUUGUGAGCAGCCGCUCCCUCCUGCUGCCAGCCCUUCUGCAGCUUGUACAUAUGCCAUCCUUGGGGCCCUGCAGAUCUGAGGCCACACCAUUCCCUGUGGUGCCCCUGGCACCCGAUUGUAUCUUCCAAAUGGCACAGUCAAGGCUGAGGGCACCUCUGGGUUUGCAGACCCAAGGAAUGAGAGGGAGGAGCCCAGUAGGAUCGCAGAGGUGGGAAGGAGACCCCAGGAAACCUGCCUGAGACUGUGACCCCCACCAAGUCUUCUAGGGCUCCAUUUUCUCUUUCAGGUCAAGCAACCAUGCUUUGUAGGAAAAAAUAGCUGAGGGGACAUGGCUGGAACAUGAGGACAGGCUCUGUGGUGUGGGGUGAAGCUGUCCCCGACUUACUCUCUCAGCUGUAGGCCAGUUGCUUGUUCUAGGGACCUGGGCAACAUAAAAGGAGUAGGAAGGCUUUCGUUACUUGCCUCAGUUUGCCCUCCUGGGUCAUCUGGGUCAUAGAACAGGGGGAUGUGCUAAGCCUGUCGUGAACUCCGAGGCAGGGGAAGGCAAGGGAGCCAACUGGGAGGGCUGAACCAGGGGCUGUCAAUCAAAUCGCUUCCACUGGAAAGGCAUGUUAGAUGGUAGGACUAAAAUUCCAUCUCUCUUUUCCACUCCGUGCUCUUUCCACAGGCCUAAGGGGGAAGUGGGGUGGGAGGUCUGGUGGAAGUGGUUCUGUCUGCUGGACCAGCCCUUACCCAGGGCUGUCCUUCAGUCCCUUCCACACCUAUUGCCUAGGUCUUCCCCAUCUUCUGCUACUUUCUGUCUUAUCUCCAGCCAGGCCUCCUGAGGCCCUAAGAGUAGAGGCAUCCAUUCCCCUCCCACCCCCACCCCCACCCCCACCCAACCCUCAGCUUCCCUGGCCACUCAGCCAGAGUCCCUGGGCCCUUGCCCUCUUAUCUUCACAUCUCUGUAAUUUGGAAGCUGUCCAGUUAAUGGUCACAGCCAGGGCCAGUCCCUUGAGCCUGUCCCGUGGGAUGAGGCCAGAGCUCCUUAUCAACCUCCAGGCUGCUGGGAUCUCAGGCAGAGUGUGCGUCAGCCACCCUGCCCUGGCUGAGUGCCUGCCGGAGUGCGGACCAGGGGCCCAUACCUGGGGCAGCAUGCAGGUGACACAUGCACAUGGCCAGCUCUAGGCCAGUGGAAAGUUACUGGUGAAGACUACAAGGCUCUGAGUGGAUGUAGGGGACCCUGUUUGCCCCAGGAAAGGGGACUAGGUAGCCUCUCCAUUCCUGUCCCUGCACCUCCCCACCCUGCCUACUCUAGCCUUCAAGAAAUAUUACAGAAGCAUUUGAAAUUUUGUUCGAUCUUGGAUAUUUGAGGAGGGAGGGUGGUGUGGAGGGACGGGGGGGGUGUGUGUGGGUGUGGGUGAGAUGAACCUACUACUGCAGUCCAGACUCAUCCUGCAGGGUUGUCUGCACAUCCCCAUUGCAGAGGUAAAUCCAAGUGGCUCAUAAAGGCUUGGAUAAAUCCACUGUCGUCUGGUAAACCUAAGAGACAGCCGACAGCUACUUCCUCCAGUCUGAGUCUGGGCUGGAUUGAGACUUGUAUAGCCCAUAGGUGUGUGGGUGGACAAGCACUGACAUCUCUGGAGAUUUGUGACACCCCCACCUGCCCCUAUCACCCAACCUGGCAUCUGGAGAUGUCAAACUCUUAGGUUUUCCCUCCCCGGAAGUCAGCUGGGAGGCAGGAUUCCUGGCUCCUGGUUCUGACCUCACUGCCAAAAGACUACUGUCUGUGACUCUGUUUUCCUAUCUGCAAGAUGGAAGUUCCCAACCAGUUGCCAGCGCGGGGCAGGGAGAGGCACAAGACACUUGGCUGACUUCCUCGUCUGCUUGCCCCCCUUUGAGUGCCUCUCCUAGUCUCUAGCUUCAGUUCUAGAAAGGUUUAAAGCCCCUCCCCCCCACCGACAUGCCGCCCUCACACUGGCCAGUUUCCCAGAAUCCACUUGUCCAAGUCCUCUUCUGAGACAAUUUAUGCAGAGAUUGAGGAUUGAGAAAUUUUUCCAAGGCUAAGGUCCAAAAAAAUGGGGGAAGGGCAAGCCCUCAGCCAUAAAUAAUGUGACGGGGGCACAAGUCACGGCAAUCUCAAAGAUGGCUGAUGAAGGUGGGGAGGCCUCGCAGGGUUUUCCUCUGUCAGCCGAUGGCUCAA